UACCGUGAAGUAAAAGCCCUCUUUUAUGGUAAAUCGUAGGCAUUUUAUGGACCAGGGUCGCGGUAACUCUUUCGAACGGACGGGGGUGACGUCACGGACGCCAAGUUAGCCUGUGCUGGUUGCUGUUGUUUAGCAUCAAAUAAAUUAAAAAACGUAUACAAUAGUAAGAAUUAUAUUACAAAAAGUCGAAGCUUAACCUAGUGCAUCACAUAAAACGUUAUCUAGUGUUUUAGUGCAGUGUAUUAUAUGAAAAACUUAAAACUAAUUACAACUUAACUCAAAGCUAAUUAACAGUGACCUAAAUCUACCCUAAACAUAAAAAUAUAAACAUUAAUCAUUAAAAAUUAUUUGAAACUAAGUGCUGAAGUGAUACCAAAGUGCGCAUAUUACUCUGUUUACCCCAGUGUCGAUACAUGGUGUCAGUAAACCAUAGGACUCCCAUCUAACCAUAGCCGCACGCAAAGUUCUGAACAGCGCCAUCUUUUGAUACUCAAAAGAAUUUGUAUCGAUUGCUCCUGCAUUUCGACACAGUCAUGCCUGCAUCUAGGUGUGGUGGUUGCAAGAAAUAUAUGACGUCGAUAGAUGCCGCUACAUGCAUCAAAUGCAAUCGCAUACACCAUCGAGCUUGCGUUAGUCUGCCUGCAACGGGUUGUAUUCCAACGAACUGGUGUUGUCCGGAAUGCCAGAAAAACCAGGUUAGGGACAAUAAGGCGGAGACACCCGUAAGAGGAAUGGCAAGUUCUGUCCUUCCAAGGGAACAGCUCUCUAAGGAGCUGGUGGAUACCAGCCCGUUUAAUUGUACUGCGCUGGACGAAACUACAACUUUCUCCCCGGAUUUGGCUGCUGAACUUCGGGUGUUCAAGGAGGAACUUCGUGCAGAGUUUCGCCUCAUGCACAAAGAAUUUCUUCAAUUGCGGACAGAAGUAGCGCAGCUAAAAGACGCCCUAAAUAACUCUGGCGAGCGUAUGGACGUGAUCGAGGCGCGGGUUGAAGCUCUCGAGCUGAAGUUCGAGCAGAAAAUCCUGCCGACCAGCAACAGCGAUUACGUCGACAACACUAUCGCUGAAUUGAAGUGCCAGCUUAACGAGCGUGAUCAAGAACUGUUGCUCAACGACAUUGAGAUCACAGGAAUUCCCGAGAGUAAGGAAGAAAGCACCCUCCACCUCGUGAACGUUCUCGCAGUAAAGCUCGGCAUUACACUAGACGAGAGGGACGUCGUCCAUGCCGAACGGGUUGGAGCUACGCACCGCAACCGUGUUGUUGCCUUGGAUGGCAGUAUUGCUGCUGACCCCGCUGCGCAACGGCCGCGGAGUAUAUCGGUGCGCCUGGCAAGGCGCGCGACCCGCGACGCGCUACUGCGCGCGGCCCGAGUGCGUCGUGGCUUGAGUACGGAUGCACUCGAUAUGCCUGGCCCGCCGCACCGUGUUUACGUCAACGAGCGCCUCACGCGCACCAAUCGCCGGUUAUUUUAUCGCGCCCGCCAGGCAGCGAGUCUGCAUGGCUGGAAGUAUGUGUGGACAAGGGAGGGUAAAAUAUUGUGUCGCAAGGACGAUCGGUUAAAAGUAGAAGUUAUUAGACAUGAAGACGAUGCUACCAAAAUUUUUGGCUAAAGAUCUGUUUGAGGCUUAAGUUGUGCUUAAUUGUUGUUGUCGUGCGUAUGAUUUUUCUUUGUUCUGUCUUUUUAUUGUUAUAUUUGUUUUCGUGUUUAUUUUUAUUACUUAAUUUUAUUUGUCUUAUACAUUCACUUUUAAACUUGUUUUUCUUCCUAAUAAGUGUUCAGACCAAAUGGUGCGCAUUUCUUGCACUAUCGAAUGGGAGUCCUCUUGGAUUAAUUGUUAUCAACCCACUUUUAGUUGCUCCGCACUUAGCUAUAUUGGUUUACAUUUUUGACCAAGGAAUAAUAUUGGCGCAUUGCUUGCACGUAUCACACACACACAUAAAUGCAGUUAUGCUUUCCUACACACUAUUAUACACUAAACAAAACUACAGUAUACAUAUACUUCGCAUUCCUAUGAAAACUAUUUACUACAUGAGUACAAUAAGUUACAUAAACGAUUUUAAACUAAUAUAUAAAAUGUCUUACAAACUUAUAAUAUUCACGUUAUUCACAAUUUUCUAUUUUUACAAAUUUAUAUUUAAACCCACAUAUUUUAAUUAUUAUUUACUAGCAAUAAUUUUUUCCGAAAUGAAAUAUUAUUUAUUAAAAUUUAUUGUUAUUUACAACAUCCAUUCACAAAUACGUAGGAUUAAGUUUUAUAUUAUUAUCAUUUUGAUGGCCCCCAUUACCAGUAAAAACGUUAGGCUAUUUUAUCGGCAUAAGUUUUUGUUUUUAACAACAAAACACUAUAUUACGAAUGCAGGAUAAAUAUUUAAAAGUUGGUUUGUUAAACGUGGGUUCCCUAGGUACGAAGCACGAUGACUUUGUGGCGUCAGUGGUAAGUCAUUCAUUCGAUAUAGUCGCAGUCAAUGAGACCUGGUUACGAGCGGGCGAGGAGGGUCGCGCGCCCACGGUGCCGGGCUACCGUCUGCGUCACACGCCGCGACCUGCGACUGUGCGCGGGGGUCGUGGCGAUGGUGUGGGUUUUUACAUCAAGCGCGGUCUGACUGUCCGCGCCUGUUCUACACCAACUGACCCCAGAUACGAGUCUAUUGAACAAAUGUGGAUUACCCUGUCUUUGAAUGGAGUCAAACUCGCUAUAGGAACAGCGUAUCGUCCCCCUCGCUCUGAUUUGGACCUCUUCCUAGAUGCAAUUACCGAAUCCAUCAGUUCACUUGCAAAAUGUGACCACUACGUAUUGCUAGGCGAUUUCAAUGUUAAUAUGUUGAACACCAGUUACCAAACUCGGAAAGUCUGUGAAUUUUUAAAUAGCCUGGACCUUAAGCAAUUAGUUGACUCCCCCACCCAUUUCACGGAUCAUAGUCAGACGCUAAUCGACCUUGUUUGCACUAGCAUAAACAACACAUCUGUGUGUGUUGAACCAUUCGGUGCAAUACAUGGUCACGCACUAGUAAUUUGCACACUUAAUAUAAAGCGUAGGAAGUAUAAACCUCACACGGUGGUUUUCAGACCAAUUUCAAAAAUUGAUAGGGAAAGUUUUGAUGAUUGCCUGGCGCAUAUAAACUGGGAAAUCAUUCGUGUCUUACCAAAUGUGAAUGGCAUGGUGGAUGCACUGAACCGGAUUGUCGUGUCUGUCUUCGAUGAGUAUGCUCCAGUCAAGACUUGCUUGAUUAAAGACCACUCAUACCCAUGGAUAACAGAUACGAUAAAGUUCAUGAUGCAUCUGCGUAACGAGGCCCUCGCCAAGUAUCGUACAACUAAGUCGGAAUCAAAGAAGGUAUAUUACAAACAAUUAAAAUCACUCGUGUCCAGUUCCUUAUUUUAUGAAAAAGUUGCAUAUUUUAAACAAAACAUAAAUAACAAAAUUAACGACCCAAAAACACUUUGGAAAAAUUUGAAAAGUACUGUUUUGCCACCUAAACCACUCAAUGACCUUCCAAGUCACUUUAGAGACCCUGAUGAAAUAAAUUUAAAUUUUUUGAAUGUUCCUGGUAAUCCAAAUUUUAAUGCAACUGUAUGUACCUUUUUUGAAUCUCACCGCUUUAGUGAUGCGAGUUUCUCACUACACCCGGUGAGUACCGAUCAGGUUUUGCGAUAUUUUGGUCAGUUGAAAUCGAAUGCAGAAGGUUGGGACGGCAUAACACUUGACAUGCUUACACUGACAUUUCCACAUACAAUAGAAGUCAUCACAGAUAUUGUUAAUAAGUCGAUUGCCUCUGCAACAUUCCCUGAUAUCUGGAAAAUUGCUACUGUUAGACCCCUCCCAAAAAUAAACAACCCGACGGAACUUAAAGAUCUCAGGCCCAUAAGCAUAUUGCCAUGCCUAUCCAAAAUUGCUGAAAAAGCAAUCUGUCAGCAGUUGUCGCAGUAUUUGGAGGAAAACAGUAUACUUCCGGAGUUACAGUCAGGCUUUCGUAAGCAACGUGGUACUUCGACCGCUCUGCUGGAUGUGACGGAUAACAUCCUAUCUGCACAGGACAGGGGCAUGUGCACAAUUUUGGUUUUGCUAGAUUUUUCACGUGCCUUUGACUGCAUCAAUAUUGAGUUGCUUCUCUGCAAGCUCAAGUAUUACGGAUUUGAUGAUAAUGCUAUAAAAUGGUUUAGGAGCUAUCUAAGCAAUCGGCAGCAGCGUGUUGAAGUACGACUGAGCAAUGGGUCAACCUUGACCUCGUCACUUACUCCCGUCAAUAGAGGAGUUCCGCAGGGCUCAAUACUGGGCCCCCUGAUCUUCAUUUUAUACUGUGCUGACAUCGUGAACUCGCUAAAGCGGUGUAGGUAUCACAUUUACGCAGAUGAUGUGCAAGUGUACGUCUCGUUUGUUCCUAGUGAAUAUUUAAACGCUCUGGGAGAUCUGAACGAAGAUCUUAACAGGAUAGCGAGUUGGGCAGAGGUCAACGGCUUAGUACUUAAUCCCACUAAGACUAAAUAUAUGAUAUUUGGAACAAAGUGUCAAAUUAGUGCCCUGCCGUCUACAAUGCACGUUGUCCUCAUGGGUGAGUCGGUUGACCGAGUUAAUGAAGCGCGUAAUCUGGGUCUGACCAUGGAUGCGGAGUUGAGGUAUGAGGCACACGUGGCAAAGUCAGUGCGCGCAUGUUUCUACCGGCUUAAAAUCCUUUAUAAAAUAAGGCCUUAUUUGUCGGAGGAAUUGCGUGUGCAGCUGGUUGAGUCACUUGUGCUUUCUAACCUUAACUAUGCAGACACAGUUUAUGGUCCUCGAUUGCUGGCACGAACGGAACGCCUGAUCCAGAGAGCGCAAAACGCCUGCGCCAGAUUCUGCUUUAAAAUACCGCCAAGAACUCACGUCACUCCAUUUAUUAAUGAACACUCCAUCCUUAAGAUGAAGUCACGCCGCAAGUUACACCUGGCUUGCCUACUCUUUGGGGUUAUAAAGUACAAAGAACCGUCCUAUUUGUUUAGCAAACUUAACUUCAUUGCUAGUAAGAGAGAACGCCCGGUAAGACAAUGCUCACAGCAACUCUCCACGGAACCGCACAGCACUGCGGCCUUCAGAGGCAGUUUUAGGUACGCUGCUACUAAAUGCUGGAACAAUAUUCCCCCGCCAAUAAGAAAUGCCAAAACUCUUGGUACUUUUAGAAUACACCUUCGAAAGUUCCUCAUUAACUCACAAAAAGAACUUGGUAUGACGAUCUCAAACACGUCCAUAAUAUAGCGAUAGCAGGUACCUGCCGUGAUGGUGUUUCGUCGCCGUAUUCCGGUUCACUCGUAGUCUGAGAGUACUAAUACUAGUAGUUUACCUAGUAACACAUUUCUACACUUCAAUAUUAAUCAUAGUUCACAUUCAAGCACAACACAUACACAGAACAUAAAACACUUACUUCAAAUACACACAGCACACACACCAAUAGUCUACUCGACGUCCGUGCGUCAUUUUUAGGGAUCCAGCAGAAUACCAGCGUCAGGUAUUCUACCUGACACAUGCUGAGUUGGACUCCCAUUCGGUGCAAACGUAAGACUGCAGCGCGCCGUUAAUCUCUGAUUGUAUUUCAUAUUUUAUGUUUCUCUUUCUACCCACUUCUUGUUUUGUUUUAUUUUUCUUAUUGUGUAUCUUUGUGGUGUCUUUUUGUUUGUCUGAAUAAAUGUUUUAUCUAUC